AUGUCACAUGUUUUCUUGUGUAUUAUUGCUAUAUUGUCACCGUUAUUAUUUUCCUUUCCUAAUCCUUCCGUGCUUCUUCGGCUUAGCCGUCACACCUUUUUUUGUCUGCACAAUUUGACUUUUCUGUUUCAAGUGAUGCAUCGACCCUUAUACAUUUCUUUCUCUUUUUUUUUCUCGUUUCCUGCCAUUCUCUACCUCUUAUACUUGGCAUUUACCGCCCUGUUCUUUACGGUCGUGCGGUUUGAAGAGAAGGAAAGAGAGAUAAGCGGGUGA